AUGAAAAAAUUCAUUUACUCAAAACAUAUCAAGAUUGAAAAUACGAAAGAUUAUGUAUUAGAAUUUAUUAAUAAUUCAAAAAUAACAAAUACAUAUUCAGCUGAUUUAGAACAUACAUGGAAUAAACCAAAAUAUCCAUAUCCUGAUCAAUUCCUUAUAAAUGAAAAAUUUAAUUUAUACGAACAGACAGCUCAUUUAAGACAAUUCAGUAUUUCUGAUGAUAGUCACUGUCCUUCUAAUACAAAUGAUGAAUUUAAUAAAACAACUGCAUUUAAAUCUUUGUCAUCAGCAUCAUCGACUUGUUCAUCUGAUUUUAAUUCACCUACUCAUUUAGUUCCAUGUCAAACUUAUAAUCAUAGCCCAAUAACACCAACAGGUCAAGUUCCAUAUGAACAAAAAAUUUCAAAAAUACAUUCAGAUUUAUUUCAUCACUCGUUUAAUACAACAUGUACUUGUCAACAAUGUUGUCCAGUAAAUGAUGAUUGUUGUCAAGCAAUUACAUAUGAAAUUUUCAUGAAACAACAACAACAACAACAGCAGCAACAGCAACAACAAAAUCUAAUGACUUAUCCAUAUUUUUCAUAUAAAAAUAAAACAUCAUUUUCUUCACAUUUAAUUGCUGAUGACAAGGCUAGAGACAUUAUUAAAGCAGAACCUUCUGAACAUGAACCAGUAUUCCAUGUAACUUCAUCAUCACCUUUGUUUAUUUUACCUCCGAUACCAACUAACAUUACAAAUCCAUCGACUAUUUAUGAUUUUCCUUUAAAAUAUCCCAUAUAUCCACAUGAAAAAAAUGAUAAAAAACGUGUUUUAACAAAUACUUCCGAAAUAAAAAAAGCCAAACGAAAAUCAUUAUCGAUAAAAAAACAAUUAGAACAGACGACAGUUCAUACAUGUCCAUAUCCAGGCUGUGGAAAAACCUAUAAUAGAUUAUUUCAUUUACGUUCACAUAAAAGAACUCAUAUGGGUAUUAAACCAUUUUCUUGUACAUGGCCAGAUUGUGGAUGGAAAUUUGCUCGAUCGGAUGAAUUAACAAGACAUUUUCGAAAACAUACCGGUGUAAAACCAUUUUCUUGUAAACAUUGUGACCGAGCAUUUUCUCGUUCUGACCAUUUAACGCUUCAUAUGAAACGUCAUUUAUAA